AUGCUAGGUAAUCUACUUCGCAAGGGAUCGUCCCACCAUGGCGGGUUUUCGUUGAUCGAUGAGAAUUUCAGUUCGUCAAUGCAUUCAAACAGCACUAUCACGUCUUUUACGCCGGAACCGAGUAGCAUUUCUAAGAGGCCUGUCUCACCGUGUUACGAUGAUCACUUCGGAUCUCUGCUGCCCUGUCCGAGUAGCGCGCCGCCGAUGUUGGAUCAUGUGUCCGAUGAUUUGAAGUAUAAGCUGUUUGGUAGUAAGAAUAUUCCCUACAGUGCUUCCUUUCAGUCGGAUGUCUUCUCUUCGUAUGUCUUCAGAGUGCUGAUUGCGGAAGAGACCGGUCAUAUGACACACAGGGACAACUACAAUGUCGUUUUUGAUUAUUCCACGGCAGAGAGUUCUAGCAUGGACCAAAUUCGGCCCAAUGAACUGAAGGAGUAUAUCUUUGGGUCACCUGUGAGAUCAACGGACGCAUCCCAAGGGAACAAAUUCAGAACAAUUCCUAAUUCGGACUCUGUCAUGAUUACAAGGAUUUUCUUCUUCAGCUCUAUCAACAAGAAUAGACUAGCAGUUUCUUUGUGUGUGCCGAAUAUAUUGUUGCAAGUUAUAUCCGAGGUCUGGGAUGAUGUGUCGUACUGGUUCGACCAGUGUCAAGCUUAUGUGUUGACAACUAUAAAGGGCAUCCGACAUUCAGUGUCGAGCCCAUGUAGCGGAUAUCUGCCGCCUGAUUUUGAGUCAGCUUAUCCAAAAGAAUGCGAUAAUAUAAUAAACCUUUUGCAGACGCGGUUGAUCCCUUGUUUGAGAUCAACAUCGGAGAUACCUAGAUUGUUUCUGUGCCCCGAAAGUUGCCCGUCAUUUGUCGAAACGUGGUUCAGAGAUAUUUUCAACUGGAUAGAGAUAAAAGAUGGACCACGUUUGAACUUCCUCCCGGCGCUCUUGGCAAAAAUAAUAUGUGAUUUUCAAGAUCCGACUGCUGCUCAAGACAACACAAGGAUCGUCAUAAUGUCUGGCAACAUGGUGGUCGCAAACAAGUUGAUAUUCAUCGUGUCUGGCCUGUUGAAACCACGUAUUGCGGGCCAAAUAGAGAUAGAGUCGAGAAUAAAACCUCUGAGCGACCAGCCUGAACAAGCAAGAAAGGACAAUCCUAGAAGAGAUGCUAGUGUUCUGGAGAAGUCGAACACAGACCUUUCCAAGUAUCUUUGUGCUGGAAAUGCCUGGGAAAUACCUCGAGAAAACUCUUUAAGUAGCAAAGUUUCGCUAUCGUCAGAUGAAUCGCUGGCGUAUGUUAUACAACCUUCUUCUUUGAAGAGCGCUAGCAACUCGAUCCAAUGCCUUUCGUCUUCUUUGUCAAGUCAGCAUGGUUUAUCAUACGGUUCUUGGUUUACAAAGAGAAGUAACGGGUCUCAAGCCACGCUCAAUAGCCCCAGCAAUAAGACUCCUGAACAAUGGGAUAAGAUUAGCAAUACAAAUGGUGCCUCAAGUUUGCACAAAACUAACAGUGGCACUUCUUUGCACCAGUUUUUUGCUAGGGGAACCGGAGUAACACCUCAGCCAUCGCCUUCAAUUAGUGAACUUGACGAAUAUCCCUGGUUCAAUGGUUCAGAUUCUCCUCGUCCCGAACCCGGUCAAAACCUGCAUCCUGUCGCCAAACGCUGUCUCAGUGGUGCACCUCUGGGCGAACUCAAUAUACCGAGAGAUUGCCAAAGACUCUGCCAGGACGAUCUUAUAGAAAAGGCCUUCAACGCGAUCUGCAAGCCCAACGAAAAGAAAGCUUUGAGCGAAGGGGAGUGUGAAAUAAUUCCUGGUGACUCGCGGCACGCUGCAUUUGCGCAGAUCGACGUCGAUUACGGUACCUGUCAUCGGCAGAGGCCCAUGGAACUCUUACCUAAGUACACCACUUACCUGGCGAAUUUCAACUACUGGUUUCAACUUCAGGCUUUCCCAGUCGGGCCAGACUCGGAAUCAAAGGUUGUGCAGGCAAUGAGGAAGGGCUUGCAACUUGGGAGGAGUACCAGAACUCUGCUUGUAUCGCUGAGGUCUCGUGCAAUCAAAGAAGUCAGUAUAAUGCGUAACGAGGAAACCCUGGCGACUGGCUCUCACCAUUCUAUAAUACAAAAGACGAAGAAGAUAUUCAAUAACGGCAAGUGCGGAAACAUUUCGACAAGAAUGGCUAAUUGCAUAGCGUUUGUCAACAUGAGCAUUAAGAAAGCGAUGAGCCUGUAUGAAGACACAACUCUCACUGCUUCCCAGAGAGAAGAAGAGUUGUUCAAGAUAUACCAAUCCCUUUUGAGCUACCAAGAUAUCAAAACGUUGAAUAGAGCUAACAGAAUCUAG